GUAGGUCUGCGCGCUUUGAGCCAGCGUCUCACUUUCGCGUCCUCGCAGCGCUUGCCAUGUGGGUGUACGCGCUCGUGGGCGCGCUCCUCCUCCUGGGCAUUUGGAGAGCUCUAGGCACCCGGAGCGGCUCUUCCAACCCUUUCCGAGCAGAUUCAAGGCGGCCGCCCGCGCCUCUGGUGACCGACAAAGAUGCGCGCAAAAAGGUCCUCAAGCAAGGCUUCUCCAGGGACAAGGUUCCUGACAGCCUGGACGCCAUCGUCAUUGGAAGCGGCUAUGGGGGCCUGGCGGUGGCUGUGAUGCUCUCUAAAGCUGGGAAGCGUGUGCUGGUCUUGGAGCAGCAUGGGAAGGCAGGGGGCUGCUGCCAUACCUUCAACGAGAAAGGUUUUGAGUUUGACGUAGGGAUCCAUUACAUAGGGCGGAUGCAAGAGAAUUCUUCCCAGCGCAUGAUUGUUGACCAACUUACCGACGGGCAGCUCCAAUGGGCCCAGAUGGACUCUCCCUUUGAUACUGUUAUUUUGGGAGAUCCUGGCAACUGCAAGAAGUAUUACCUAUACAGUGGGAAGAAGAAAUAUACAGAAGGCCUAAAGAAACAAUUUCCUGGUGAAGAAGCUAAUAUUGAUAGAUUUGUGACACUUAUAAAGAAAACUGCCAGCGGGAGCACCUACAUGGGGAUUCUGAAAAUGCUCCCGAUGCCCUUGGUCUGGUUUGUGCACCACACUGGCCUGCUGGCCUGGAUCUCGCCUUUCUUUAGAAUGUCAGUCAAAAGCCUUUCAGAAGUGGUGGCUGAGCUGACGGCAAAUGCAGACCUGAGAGCCGUCUUCAGUUAUAUCUUCCCUACCUAUGGGGUGAUUCCUGCAGAGUGCAGCUUCCCUUUGCAUGCAAUCCUUGUCAAUCAUUUCUUGGAAGGUGCCUGGUACCCUCAGGGAGGUUCCAGUGAAAUUGCAUUUCACUCCAUCCCCAUCAUUGAACGCACUGGAGGGGCUGUCCUCACCAAGGCACCUGUGCAGAGAAUCUUGGUGGAUUCACAAGGAAAAGCCUGUGGUGUAAGCGUAAAGCAAGGUCAGGAUCUUGUCAACGUCUAUGCUCCUGUUGUGAUUUCUGAUGCCGGCAUCUUUAACACCUACGAACAGCUCCUGCCAAAGGAAUUGCGAACUUUGCCAGGUGUUCAGAACCAGGUCUCUAGGAUAGAUCAUAGCGUCGGAGGAUUCUCUGUCUUCAUAGGACUCAAGGGUUCCAAGGAAGAAUUGGGGUUGGAAGCCAAAAACUACUACGUCUACCCACACAACAACCUCAAUGAAGCGUUCACUUCUUACAUUAAUUCUUCAAGAGAAACUGCUCCAGAAAAGAUUCCUUUUCUGUAUAUUGGCUCUUCAUCAGCAAAGGAUCCCCUGUGGGAAAAGAGAUACCCAGGCAAGUCCACUCUAAUUGUCCUGACGGCUGCAAAAUACGAAUGGUUUGAGGAAUGGAAGGAAGAAAAGGUUUCUAAGAGGGGAGCGGUGUAUGAGGCCUUCAAAAACAGUUUUGUGGACAACAUAAUGGAAACGGUUUUGAAAGUUUACCCUCAAAUAAAAGAUCAGAUUGCGUGUGUCUCUGCGGGAACUCCUCUCACCAAUAAGCACUACAUAGCUUCUCCGCGAGGAGAGAUGUACGGCAUACACCACAGUAUGGCUCGCUUCCAGCCGGACUUCAUAGCAACAGUACGACCUCAGACCCCUGUCCCAAACCUCUACCUUACAGGUCAGGAUGUCCUUUUAGGUGGUUUCGCAGGAGCCCUUCACGGAGCCAUUCUCUGCGCUUCUGCUGUCCUGGAACGUAACCUCUACAUCGACUUAAUGUGGCUAGGCAAAAAAAUCAAAGCCAGCGAUGCCGAAAAGAGAAACUAAGCCUUCGGUCUCUACCACACAAAUGAGAUUUCCUCCUCCCUCCUCCCUUAUCAGGGAUCUGGAAGCUGCCUGCUUUUCUAGGUUCUUCAUGUCCCCAGCAGGGGAUGCUAACUGGUGCCAAAACUAUACGCCUUAGUGUUAUUGCACUCUGUUCCAGUGCUUGAGUUUUUGUAUUGGUGUGGAGAAAAUGAGCUGCUUCACCCAUGCAAAUUGCACGUGUACUGAAAAGAGGCACAAACUGGACGGCGCAUUUAGUUAACACACACACACACAACACUUCUGCAGUCACAACUGCACUUUCUCCAGCUGCCACUUGAUAGAAAUAGGUGCAACUGUCUCCAUGGUUCACCUGGUUCAUGUCUGUGCUUUUUGACGCUCUUGUAGGCCUAUGUCCACGUCAGAAAGGAGAAGAUAAACAGGCUUAAUAAUGAAGAAUGGAUGGUUUUCAAUGCAUUUCAUUAUAGGGGAGGCCAGGGUGUCUUGUAACACUAUCAUCAUCAUCAUUUUAUUUGUAUGCCGCUUUUCCACAAAAAGAAUCAGGCUCAAAAAAGAAAACAGGAAUACAUCUCAAAAUCAACCAGUGCCAAAACAAUUUUGUAAUAAUACAGUGGACCCUCUAGUUACGUACCUCACUGGAGACGUAACUUUUGGGUUACGAACGCGGCAAACCCAGAAGUAUAUACUUCCCGGUUUUGCCAUGCGCAUGUGCACAGAAGCACUCAAUCAAGCUGCAUGCAUGCGCAGAAACAGCGCCUCUGCCUACGAACUUUUCGGGUUGCGGACGAACCCCUGGAAUGAAUUUAAUUCGUGUCCGGAGGGUCCACUGUAUAAUAAACCAACAACAUAAUAGCAGACAUAACAUUAAAAGAGCAAUGUUUCAGUCCUGUAAUUAUAGCAUUAACAGCAUUACACUUCUCAGCAAUAGCAAAGUACAGUGGUACCUCAGGUUACAAAUGCUUCAGAUUACAGACUCCGCUAACCCAGAAAUAGUACCUCAGGUUAAGAACUUUGCUUCAGGAUGAGAACAGAAAUUGUGCUCUGGCGGCGCGAGGCCCCAUUAGCUAAAAUGGUUCUUCAGGUUAAGAACAGUUUCAGGUUAAGAACGGACCUCCAGAACAAAUUAAGUUCUUAACCAGAGGUACCACUGAAAUGGUUUUGACACAUUCACCUUCGCCUUAGAAACACCUUUCUUUCCCAAGAUGUCGCUGGCAGUAUAAAGAUACAAGGACCAGGAAAUGUAGGCUGAUGUCAAGUCAGGACAAGUUGAACCCGAGCAUUUAGUCUUCCCUUUCCACACACCCCAUCCAAUCUGUGUCUCCAUUCCUUGAGACAGAUAAGCACCUUGCUCAUGCUGUCCCUGUCCCUCCCUUUCCAAUUACCCUAGUAUUAAGGUCUCUGAACCUCCAAACCUCAGCCAUGUACACUGAAGCUUUCUUGCCCCAGGCUUGCAUAAAGUUCAGGCCUCCACUGCAUGCUGCCUGGCCCCAUAGCACUUGCCUUCAUUCCACAGAAGACAACCUCCCCGCAUCUCUUUUUCUCUGCUCCUAAAGUGGCUGCUCAAGGCAACAGGGCAUUGCAUAGCCUUUGUAACAACAAGCCGUUUUGUUCUUCUGUACUGAUGCUUCAACCAGCAAAGACAUUUUAAUUGCUUUCCACGAUAUUGUGUAAAUAAACUGUAUUCAUUUCUAUUGCGUCUGUUGGUUC